AUGGCUGGUCCACCACCCCGCUCCAUUGAUGCCGGCAUCUUCAACGUGGCCCGGCCGUCUUACAGCGCCUCCACGCUGCAGCUGGUGAAGCUGCUCAUGGAGGAGACCAGAGUGCCCAAGCAGCAGCAGCGUCUAUUUGAGCAGUCCCUGCGGUCGGGACAGCCGCUGCCAGCACCGGCCCGGCGCGGACCCAGAGGCGGUCGCCGUCCCGUCGCUGUAUCCGUCUGCAAAACAGACAAUGGAGGCGGCCGAAGGACCCGAGACACCAUCACACGACUGGAGAACGAGCACGGCUCGCCACCGGCGUACCGGCCACGACCCGGCCGCGACCGGGACGCCGAGCGCGAGCGGCUGGCCUACGUGAUGACCCACGGCCGCCAGCAGCCGGGCGAGGACAUGUCGCCGUCGGAGGAGCCGGAGAGGACACCUCCUCAGGAGGACCGCUUCGAGGAGCUCUGGCAGGAGGUGGAGGAGCGACGUCAGUUCCUGGCGGAGAUGCGUCAGCUGGGUCGAGGUGAACAGUACGAGCCCAUCAUUCGUGGCGAGGUGGCGCGACUGGUGCAGGAGAUGGAGGAGCUUCAGAAACAGGAAGCCAACGGCGACGGACAGCAGGGUAGAGGGAGCGGAAAUGAGUGA